CCCCAGUGCAGAGAGAAAGAUGGCGCCCAUUCACGUAUUGAGAUGCUGCCAACGGGGCUUAGCAUGGAUACCUGUGAUUUUCAUCGCUAUGGUUGUCUGCUGGUCCUAUUAUGCCUACGUGGUGGAGCUUUGUAUAUUCACCAUCACUAGUAUAGGAAAACAGGUUGUAUACCUCAUCUUCUUCCACCUCUCCUUCGUCAUGUUUGUGUGGUCCUAUUGGAAGACCAUCUUCACAAAGCCCGCCAACCCUUCCAAAGAGUUCUGCUUGCCAAAGGCUGAGAAGGAGCGCUAUGAGAAGGAAGAGCGACCAGAAUCCCAGCAAGAGAUUCUGUGGCGAGCCGCCACCAGCCUGCCACUUUAUACCCGCACCGGAGCAGGAGCAGUUCGUUACUGUGACCGCUGUCAAGUAAUCAAGCCGGAUCGUUGUCAUCACUGCUCUGCGUGCGACAUAUGUGUGCUGAAGAUGGACCACCAUUGUCCCUGGGUGAACAACUGUGUGGGGUUCUCCAACUACAAGUUCUUCAUUCUCUUCUUGGCGUACUCGCUGCUUUACUGCUUGUUCAUCGCAGCCACCGUGCUGCAGUAUUUCAUCAAAUUCUGGACCCUUUGCCGGAGAAAAUCGGCUGAGAACUGCCCAAAGAAUGAUCUGCAAGAGACUCACUCACACGCCAAAUUCCAUGUCUUGUUUCUCUUUUUUGUUGCGGCCAUGUUCUGCAUCAGUAUUCUCUCCCUCUUCAGCUACCACCUGUGGCUCGUCGGGAAGAACCGGUCCACUAUAGAGGCGUUCAGAGCGCCCGUCUUCAGGACUGGGUCUGAUAAGAAUGGCUUUUCUCUGGGGUUCCGGAAGAAUAUCGCUCAGGUAUUUGGAGACCAGAAGAAGUACUGGCUGCUGCCAGUCUUCACCAGUCAAGGAGAUGGUCUGACAUUCCCCACCCGGCUCGUCAACGCCGACAUCGAGCAGCCGACAGUCGCCGUGCACCCGGAGCCUAAUAAAUGUGAAGUGACUGUGAGCCCGCUCACCGAAUCACAGAGCCGCCUUCUGAGCAACGAGCAGCAAACCAACAGCAUUGUACACCAUAUGGCUAAUAAUCCCAUCAAAUCAGCCCCAAAUGACAUCACCACAGUCUCCAUGAAGUGAAUCCUAACCAGGAGUGACUCCUCAAUCAUCCAGUCUGAUGCCUUAAGCCGUGCGACACUUUGACUCAUCACCAUGGUGACUACCCCUCAGUGCAACCUCAGAGUAACUAUGGAAAUGCAUUCCUUUUGCCUGUCAUAGCACAGUCGCGUCCACGGCAUUGGCUUUUUUCUGCAUGCAGCAGCACCAGCUGUCCCAACACACACGUUUAUUUUAUCGCUACACAUAUUUGUAUUGUUGGAUGAUUUUGCUUUCUUUUUCUGGAAUAUUUAUGAUGAUGCUUGAGGAAAUCCUUUGCAGGAGUUAUGAGCUGCUUUUUUUUUUAUUAUUAUUUGUAUUUUUUGGUGCCAAAAGCUACCUGGAUCCACAUUAAGAUGGUCUCACAGGCACAAAGCUGCAGCAAAGGGUGGGAGAAAAGCUGGAUCAUUACCUUUUUGUUUUCUAUGAGGAAUCCAAUGAAGAUGGGACUAUUAUUUUUCUUGGAACUGUAUUCUUGGAAGAUUUAAAAAAACAUACAAGAAACAUCCCAGCACACAUUUCCCAGAUUCCUGGGUCAGUGGACUGAUUUUGUCUGAGCACAAGAUGUAGAGGUCAUUGAUGGCCAUCAGUGUGCUGCUUUUUCACAGGUUGGCAAAGCAAACGGAAAUGGAUCUUUUGUGUGUGUGCGUGUGUCUGUGUAUUUAUAAUGUGCAGCAUUUACUUUGUGUUUUUAUAUUGGGGUGGGACUUUAAUGCAUUAAUCGCGAUUAAUUAAUUACAAACAAAAUAGUUGGGGGGGUGGGGGGGGGAAGGAACCUAUUUUAACCUCAUUUUGUGUUGCAAACAAUGCGGAGAUUUCCUGUUAUGCUGAUUACCAAGCCACCAAAAUUGAGGAAUUGGAUGAAACAGUGCAUCUAGGACGGAUGAGAGGCGAAUUUCAUUUAAAAACAAAAAAACACGACCCGAUGGAAGCCUUGAUCAGCGUGGUUUUGUGCAAUUUGUGCAAAAAAGAGUUUCCAUACCACGAAAGCACUUCAACCCUCCGAUAUGUGAACCAACUUUUCAACUUCCAUGCAGAAGCCAUUUAGGGGUAAUAGUGUCCUAAAAAACAAACAAAACAAAAAAAACCUGUCCUAAAAUGGCACUUUAACUUUAGGUCUUUAAUUUUGGCCAGAGAUAUUUCUAUUAAUUUUUGUACUUUUUUGUAUAGAAAUGCACUUAAAUGCAUAUAUCAGAGUUAACACUAUUCCUGUCUGUGUCAGUUAUUUGACUCAAUCAUCCACUAAAAUCCAUUUCAAUUCAACCAUUUGCUUUUUUGGACAAAUAUUGUUCUAUGAUUAAAAUGUGAUUAAUUCAAAUUAAUUCAUUAGACAGCCUCCAAUUAAUUACCUUUUUUAUUUUAUUAUUUUUUUUCAAUCGAGUCCCACCCCUAGUUUUUAUGCAUUUGCUUACAAUAUGUAGAAUGAUUCCCUUAUGUUUUGUUCCGCUCACAGUGCUAGACAAAUUCAACAUUUAUUGCCAAAAUAAGGGCUUGAACCAUCAGGAGCUCAAACUUCUGAACCACAGUGUUUACACCAUCCUUAGCUUUACCUUAACCUCUGUGAGCCAAACGACAUGAAAAGUCAUGGCGCUUGUUCUUUUCAAACUGGACCUCUUGCUUGUCGCGUUGUCUCACUCUGACCAGCAGAUGGGCACAGGGCUUUAUUUUUGCAUGCAGUACACAGAAAUAUCUUCCAUCCAUCGAUUUUCUGAGCCGCUUAUCGUCACAAGGGUCGCGGGCGUGCUGGAGCCUAUCCCAGCUAUCAUCGGGCAGGAGGAGGGGUACACCCUGAACUGGUUGCCAGCCAAUCGCAGGGCACAUACAAACAAACAACCAUCCGCACUCACAUUCACACCGACCCCACCUCCUGCCGGAUGAUAGCUGAGAUAGGCUCCAGCACGCCCGCGACCCUUGUGAGGACAGGCGGCUCAGAAAAUGGAUUUAAAUAAUUUACCAAGGAAUUCUGUUCCAAAUAUGCAACUUUACUGUACCUGCUCACACACACACACUAUAUUCAUGUCUGUCUGAUCGCAUCUUCAUGAUGGUUGCAGGAUGAGCCUCUUGCUGUUUGCAUCCCAUGCUGUACGAGUUUACAGCCAUUUAUAUAUUGUAUAGAGUGGCCUGUGUUGUUGUACCUGGUUUUCUAUCAUAGCUGUGCUACAUGUAAACAAAAUAGACAGUAUUUAAUGUGAUGACGGAUAGUUGUUACUGCCUGCCUUCUGGAUUUUGUUUACCUGUCACUGUUCAAACAAGUGACAAACUAGUCAUUGGAAGAUAUGAGUUAAAAGCUCAAUGGGCAUCCUAACAUGAAGCUCCAUCUAAAUGUAAGAAAUCAAAAUUUAGUGAAAAAUCCCAUUACAGGCCAUUCAAAACAAGCAUAAUGAGCUAGAACCUUUCCACUGUUACCAUCUAUUCCCAAUAUUUGGACCUAUCAUCCUUUUGUUUUCUAUAAAUGGCCUCUAAUCUUUUUCUGGGCUGUUGAGCCUUGAGAUCGAUGCGUUCGUGUGUAUUUUUGCAAUGUGUUGUUUUGUAAAAUUAUUGUCUUGAGAGAAAUGCUUCAGUGCAGCAACCUGUUUUUUUACAUACGUUGUACGAUGCGCAUAAUGCCAGAAUAAAGCCCUAAAGCAUGGCGCCUCACUGUCCAAAAAUUGGAUUUUAGCCGUGUGUCGAUGUGGUUGCAAAUGAAGGUGGAUCAUGUUUGAAAACAGCUUUAUUCUGGUGUGUCCGAAUAAACGAAGCCAUAAAACCACAAA